AUGAGCGACAGCUGCAGUGGAGAUCCCGAGAGACUCGCCCAGAUUGGGCACAUCCAGGGCUGUGGCUACCUGUUCGCAGUCCAAGAAACCACCACGGGGUACCCUUCGGGACUGCGAAUUGUGACCGUAAGCCAAAACAUCAUGGAGGCCCCAUGGGUCCAAGGCAGCUCCGAGUCCGACAUUCUAGGCAAGGAUUUAGGCGACAUGUUGCGCGAAGAAUGCGUGCAAACUGUGCGGUCUCUUGUCACGCGCUACACGCAAGCCAGUCAACCCCGCAAUGACCGCAUCUCCCCUAAGGUCAACAGGACCACGGCCGACGUCUACUCGUGCCCAGCAGCUGCACACGCCGGGCUCGUGCCAGGAGAGGAAGAAGAUCCGACCAAAGCAGCCUUUACCUUCACAUUGACAGGCAGCGACCCGGGGGUGUAUCUGGUGGAAGUGGAGCGGAAGCAUGGGCCUCACAGCGCCCGAGCCCACCAUACGCCCGGGCUGCUGCAGAUGACGGAUCUCAUGGGGUGUAUUCCCGUUGGGUCAAACUCUUUGGUAUCGACGGCGGCCCUGUGUGACGCGCUCGCGGAGAAUAUGCCUGCAUACGAAAGGGUUAUAGUGUACCGUUUCGCCCCAGAUGGCCACGGCGAGGUCAUUCAUGAAUGCAUCAAGCGGGGUUUUCAAGUUGAAUCCUCAUUUUUGGGCUGUCACUUCCCAGCGUCGGAUAUUCCUCCGAUCGCGCGGAGGUUGCUCAAGCUAAAGGGCGUGACUUUCAUCGCGGACACCUCCGGACAGAGGGUAGCCAUAAGCUCCAUUCCCGAGCGAGCCACGACCCCUCUCGAUCUAUCCAGGAGUGCUUUAAGGGCUCCAUCGCCAUGUCACGAGCAAUACCUCCGCAACAUGGGAGUGAGGGCUUCGAUGGCCGUGGCCAUCACUGUAGGAGGCGAGCUGUGGGGGAACAUCAAUUUUCACGCCUACACAAGGGCCGUGCAUCCGUCAUGCGAAGAGCGAAUACUUGCCGAAACUACGGUGGCGAUAACUGGUGCGCUCAUCAUGCACUACGAGCGGCAGGAGAUCGCGACGACUGCUCUCGCCUUGUCGCGCAUGCUUGGAAGACUCAAGGACUACCCCAGGGUAAAUGACUUCCUUUCUAUGGAGCAUCAGGCACUGCGAGAUAUCCUGGAGGUCGACACCAUUGUCCUGUACGAGCACUCCCGAUCCACCACCGUCUAUGGGAAGAAGGACAUCUCCCUGACCCUGAGUGAGUGCAUUGAACUUCUCAACGGGGAUGGGCCGGGCGAAACCUUGUUCUUUCGAUCACUGGAGGCAAAGGGCGUCGCCUUUUUCUCUGUAAACACCUUCCUGGUCGUUUUUCUGCGGGGGAGAAUCGCCGACCAGAUCAAGUGGGCCGGCAACCCUGACGCGUCAAUGCAUGACGGGGCAAUAGUGGGACCCAGAGCAUCCUUCCAACAGUUCAUGGGAACACCGGCGGUGCCGUUCAAGUUGUGGUCGCAGGCGACAACGGACCUCCUCAACAUGGUGCGCCGCGGAUUCUCCUCGAAGAUAUACGCGGAUGCUCUGCCUGCCGCCCAGCAAGAAACGUUUGCACACGUCUCUCAUGAGCUUCGUACCCCGUUCCACGGUGUGAUGGGCUCGCUCGAGAUGUUGGAGGAGGGCCACGGAACCAUGGAUGCGGAAGAACAACUUGGAACCAUUCACUCCGCUGUACGUUGCGGAAAGUCGAUGCUAUCCACGCUCGACGAUAUUCUCGACAUCGCGAAAAAUCGCAACAACACGGAGGUGGCUCGCCGCCGUUUCGCCGCGUCCAGCCCAAUCCUUCUGGCGGUGGAUGCCAUGAAACCAUUCGCCAUCACCGAGUCGGUUGGGCUCACAGCAGAGACCGGACCACCGGACGAUGCGUUCGAGGUAGUCGGGGACAUGCGACGCGUCAAGACCGUUGUGCAAAACCUGGUGAACAACGCAAUCAAGUUCACCCCCAGGGAAGGAAAGGUGGCUGCAUCCCAUCGCGUUUUCGAUUCCCUGCAAGAUGCCACUGAUUGGUGGACCAAGGAGACCAAUCGUUUCGAGGCCAGCACGUGGAUAGGGAGCCCCACAAGCGACAUGACAGACUCAGCUACUGAGGGAACAUCUCGGGCUGCAAGGUGGCAUGUCUACUGUGUAGAAGAUUCCGGGGUUGGUGUUCUGCCGGCGGACCUCCCGCAUCUCGUAGCAGCUUACAAACAGGUAUCGCAUGGGGUCCAAAAGUCGUACGCUGGCACUGGCUUGGGCCUCCACAUCUGUAAAGCGCAUGUGGAGGCGAUGUUCGGUGCUCUCGGGAUCGCUUCCACGUUUGCCGAGGAAGGCAAAAGUGGGGGCACGCUGUUUUCCGUGGUACUACCCCUGUGCUCGGUGGAAGAGGAAGGAGCGGUGGACGAUGUUGGUGACGACACCGAAAAGGCAGUGACGAAGACGACGUCGACCCCCUUCUGCCACAACAUCGGAUCCCGCAAGAUUGCACUGGUUGUCGUAGACGACCACAAAGUGAACGUGAAGCUCAUUGAGCACAAGAUUCGGCGGCAUUUCAGGGGAAGCGGCGCCGAUGUGCAGGUUUUAUCCGCCACCGACGGCUUGAUGGCCUUGGACGUGCAAACGGCGGCGCGACACGCUCGUGUAGGUGGAUCGGGGGGCUUGGUUCUUGCGGGAAUUUUCAUGGACUUUCACCUGCCAAACCUUGACGGGAUCGAGUGCACAAGGAGGAUCAGGGUGCUCGAGGCCGCCAACGGUUGGCCUAGGGUCACCAUAUGCGGCUGCACCGCGGAUGUUACAGAAGGUGUACGAAAUUCGUUCCAAGACGCGGGAGGGGACGAAGUCAUCCUGAAGCCCUGGCGCCCGGGCCAGGUGGAACGCGCCUGCAAUGUCAUGGUGGCUAAAGCUUUGGACGAUGAACACCAGAGCGGGGUUGCAGGGAUCUGAGGGCCGCGUGUCCCUGGAAGGUGCAUGCGAGGUGCGAUGGUGAGUUUGUUGUUUUCGGUGAAUAGUCGACCCUCUGCCUCCUGUACCCAUUCGUGAGUUCCUAUCUUGCCCGGGACGAGACAUUUUUGUCUUGAUUUUUUCUGUAUUUGCUUGUUGUUUGUUACUGGGAGUUGGCCUGUCUCAGACAUCUCCUACGCUUUAGGGUAGGCUUUAGGGUAGCCGCUCCUCCGCCUCGUUGGUUGUUGCACCAUAUUGGCUUACUGAACACUCACGUGCAACCGAGGUGGCUGGGGUUUCUGAGAUGAAGAGAUGGACGUUGGCCUCUCACAACGCGGGCCCGGGAACCCUGCCUCACUUUCCCCGUUUCUCGGUGGAAACGACAAAAGUCCUCCCGGCUCGAUUUCCCUGCCGCGAGAUCGGAGUCGACGCGCGAGGCCGAAGCGUAGCAACGCGACCCAAUCCUGACGCAAUGGUGUUUCUGUCCCCAAGAAAAUCUAGACCAAAUUUGAAGCUUCAAACACCAGUGGUGUGCGGAUCUUUGCAUGUCUAUGGGUGUGUGUGGAAAAUUGGUUUCCGUCGAGAGUAUCCCCCCCCCCGCAAUCGGGGUUGGUCUGCACCAUGUAUGUGAAAAACACGGAGUGCGCGAGAGAGAGAGUAAAUAAACACACCUGACGGGUGAUGAUGGCGCCUUUCAGCACACAACACGUGGAUGGCGUCAACUAGGAGGCUUGGUUGGUGUGCGGAAGUACAUGUGUUUGAUGUUUCCGUGACUACAGCGAAAUCUGGUACGGUGGGUUGUCUGCGGACGUCGUUACACACAUGGUUGAUGACCCCUUCCUUUAUUGCCGAGCGACUCUGGCUUGUGAGGGCUGUGCGCCGUACUGUAGGCAGGUCAAUGCCAUCGAACACGGGGCAACAGCUGUUCCUCCGAAGCUCGCAUGCACUUCCAGGCAGAACGUGUGCAGAGCAACAGCGAGAGGAACGAGAGAAAAACAAAGAGAGCAAACGCAUGGUACCGACGAAGAAUCGUCCCCACCUACGCAUGUUUGGAAUAUAUAUGUGCAAGUAGUGAUGAUUAUUAAGCCCGGGCCUAUUGACCCUGGCCUUCAACUGGAUGGAGUUGGUACAACUUUCGACAUAACUGUCUUCCAUCCCCUUCACGUUUGUCUGCGUGCAAUGUUCUACCGCAUACAUUCUAUACUGACGAAACCUUCUUCACCAUGUUUUUUUUUUUCGUGUUCUCUGCUGCAGCAGCUUACAUCCUUUGGAUUGUACAUGAACAUGCCGCAGAGUCAUUAUAGGUGCCCCUUGCCAUGUACAUUCAUGGCAUCCACCCAUCGCCACCCGGCGGACAAAGGCCCCCAUGCCGGGGCCUUGUUUUACCGACUUCCAAUUUCCUCCCAUUUGGUUGCCUCUCCCUGUGUCGUUCCGAAGGCGCAUCCUACGAUCAACUCUCAGGUUGAACUAUUAGAACGUGAUCACAUCGAAUGGCGGACAAGAUUAAGAUAGUUCCCGAACUAUGGGAACUUCCUUUUUUUUUGUAUGCGAGGGAGCAUGCGCGCCUGGAUAGAAGCCUUGUUGCUUGCGCAAAGGUGUGAUGGGCCGGUGUCUCUCUGUGUUGUGGAUAGAACAGCUUAGACUAGUUGUUUGAUCGGUGAUUCACCGGUUUCCGAGUUUGAAAUAUGGUGGUGUCGCCGUUGCUUUGUUCAUGGAGACAAGAUGGUUUCAGCAGCAGCGUUUAUUCAUUUUUCCCGUCAAGUCCCGUUGGUUGGUGAAUGUAGCUACAUAUUUUUCUGGGACAUGUUCCGGGAACUGUU